UUUAAUUGGCAACAUUAGAAACAGUUACAGUAAUCUGUGAUUCGGAAUUCGAAAUCGUGAUUUUGUGAAUUGUGACUGUGAAAUUGCGAGUAGUUGAGUACUUUGAUCAUUUGAUGGAGAGUUAAGUCAACGUGUUUAUGAUAUAUUGUGAAUAAGUGUUCAUACAAUCGGUUUAAAUUACAAAACAAUUGUGUAAUUAUAAUAAAUAGCGAAUGGUAAUAUUUUAAGAGAAGUGAUCGAAAAUUGUUGCUAAGGGCUUUUUAAUUACAAACACGGUGAAAAACGUAACACGUUGCAUGGCAAGGCUAAAUUGUGUACCUAAUUUUUUAUGAUGUCUUAUAAUUCCACACUCGACGAUUUCUGUGGAUCAAAAUUUUGGGACAGUAAUUUAACAUGGUAUACUGAGAAUCCUGAGUUCACACCAUGCUUUGAAAAAACUGUAUUAGUAUGGAUACCAUGCAUUUUCCUGUGGGUGGCAGCUCUACUGGAUGCCUACUACAUUUUUAAUAGUAAAGAGCGAAAUAUACCAUGGAACAUAUUAAAUAUAAUCAAACUAGUGAUAACAUGCCUUCUAAUAGUGUUAAAGUUUGUGGAUUUGGGUGUUACUGUCCAUAAGUCAUCAAAAGAAGAGGAGUAUGUAUUUAAUGCAGACUAUUACAGCCCAAUAGUAAAGAUUUUAACAUUUAUAUUAUCGGCAACAUUAUUGUUUUACAAUAGGAAAUAUGGUAUGAGAGCCUCAGGGGUGCUGUUUUUCUUCUGGUUGCUUUUAAUUUUAGCGGGGCUACCUCAGCUUAGAUCUGAAGUAUUGUUGCAUUAUAAUUUAACCGAAGAUGAGAACGUACAAUAUAAUUUUGUUAGCUAUAUGAUAUACUAUCCGUUGAUAAUAGUGAUGUUUAUACUAAAUUGCUUCGCGGAUUUACCGCCAAGGGAUUCGCCUUACAAAUUUGAAAAGAACCAAUGCCCGGAAAGUGCUUCCGGUUUCCCGAGCCGCUUGACCUUCAGUUGGUUCGAUCCACUGGCUCUAACCGGGUUCCGUAGAAGUUUGACUGAAAGUGACCUCUGGGCUUUGAAUCCUCCGGAUUCGUCGAAGGAGGUUGUUCCAAGGUUCGAUAAGUUUUGGGAGAGAACAUUGAAGAAAAAAGAAAUCGCGAGCGGUCCAAAAGCAACAUAUAGUAAGACAUCAGCCAGCGUGAACUUCAAGCCCGACAAGGAACGGAAACCGGCGUCCAUAUUGGGCGCGCUGUGUCUCGCCUUUGGAGGUCAAUUUCUCUUCGGAGCUCUCCUCAAACUUAUCAACGACACGCUCAUGUUCCUGUCGCCACAGCUGCUCAAACUUCUUAUAGGAUUCGUCGAAAGUAAAGAAGCCGUGUGGAAGGGCUAUCUGUAUGCGUUGGGUCUGGUCGCCUGUGCGACUGCACAGACGAUGCUACUUGCACAUUAUUUCACAAGAAUGUACCUCGUAGGAAUGAGAAUAAGGACGGCACUCACGAGCGCCAUCUACAGGAAAUCGCUUCGGAUAUCUAACUCGGCAAGGAAAGAGUCGACGGUCGGAGAAAUUGUAAAUCUCAUGUCUGUCGACGCGCAAAGGUUCGUCGAGCUAACAGCCUACUUAAAUAUGAUAUGGUCAGCUCCUCUCCAGAUCGCAUUGGCUCUGUACUUCCUCUGGGGCAUUCUAGGCCCCUCUGUAUUAGCAGGUCUAGCGGUGAUGAUAGUACUUAUACCUGUUAACGGGUUGAUUGCGAACAGGGUUAAAACUUUACAGAUAAGACAAAUGAAAUACAAAGACGAAAGAGUCAAGCUAAUGAAUGAAGUAUUGAAUGGAAUUAAGGUACUUAAAAUGUAUGCCUGGGAGCCUAGUUUCGAAGAUCAAAUACUUAAAAUAAGGAAUGAAGAAAUGAAAGUCUUAAAACAAACCGCCUAUUUAAACUCUGCCACGUCUUUUAUAUGGUCUUGCGCACCUUUCUUGGUAACAUUCCUAACUUUCUUCACUUAUGUGAUGUCUGACUCCGACAACCAUAUUCUGCAACCUGAUAAGAUUUUCGUGUCGAUGUCCCUGUUCUAUAUUAUGCAUUUGCCCUUAGGCUUGCUCCCACUCAUCAUCGUCUCAAUUAUAGAGACAUCUGUGGGUAUUAAACGAUUAAAUAAAUUCAUGAACUGCGACGAACUGAACGUAAGCUCCGUGGAACACGACCCGAAAGAACCGAACCCCCUGGUGAUCGAGAACGGUCACUUCACGUGGGGCGACGACUCCGAGCCCGUGCUGAAGAACAUCAACGUGCACAUCCCGAGCGGCAACCUCGUGGCCGUGGUGGGCAGCGUGGGCUCCGGGAAGAGCUCGCUGCUCUCCGCGCUGCUGGGGGAAAUGAACAAGAUCUCUGGCCGCGUUAACACUACCGGUAAUAUAGCGUAUGUGUCUCAACAAGCGUGGAUUCAGAAUGCGACGCUGCAAGACAACAUUAUAUUUGGCAAGUCACUCGAUAAGAGCAAGUACAACAACGUCAUCAACGUGUGUGCACUCAAACCGGACUUCGAUGUUCUGCCCGGUGGUGACCAAACGGAAAUCGGAGAAAAAGGAAUCAAUCUAUCGGGUGGUCAGAAACAGAGAGUGUCUCUGGCCAGAGCGGUGUACUACGACGCAGACAACUACUUCCUCGACGACCCGCUGAGCGCGGUCGACUCGCACGUCGGCAAGCACAUUUUCGAUAAGGUUAUUGGUCCAAAUGGUUUACUGAAAAAUAAAACUCGUGUGUGGGUUACUCAUAACGUGUCGUACUUGGCGCAAACCGACCAUAUCUUAGUUCUGCGCGAUGGAGAAGUCUCCGAAGCUGGCACGUACCAACAGUUGCUGGAGAAGAAAGGCGCUUUCGCUGAAUUCCUUCUGCAUCACUUGAGUGACGCAGAACGUACUUCUCCUGAAGAAUUGAACGAACUAAAGCAAGAUUUGGAAAGUAAACUUGGGUCAGAGUUCCAAAAUAAACUGCAAAGAGCUCGUUCACUUUCGGAAAGCACCUCAGAAUCGGAACAACCGGCCGCUGGAGACCGUCGGGGCAGCAGCGUGAAGAGACGUACCCCUGAAACUACACCUAACGAAUUGAAAGAAAAGAAUAAAUUAAUCGAAGCGGAAAAAACUGAAACUGGCAGCGUGAAGUGGAGCGUGUACAAGCACUACCUGACGAGCGUGGGCGUGACCGCGUCCGCCGUCACCGUGCUCAUGAACCUCGUGCUGCAGCUGUUCCAGGUCGGCUCCAACUACUGGCUGGCGCAGUGGUCCAACGACGACUCCAUGCUGGUUAACGGUACCGUAGACAAAAGCAGGCGUGAUCUGUAUCUCGGUGUUUACGGCGGACUCGGCAUCGGACAAGUGGCGUCGGUGUCGGUGUCGUCGCUGGUGCUGUACCUGGGCACGCUGGCGGCGGCGCGCGCGCUGCACGCGGGGCUGCUGGCGGGCGUGCUGCGCGCGCCCAGCAUCGGCUUCUUCGACUGCACGCCCGUGGGCCGCGUGCUCAACCGCUUCAGCAAGGACGUGGACGUGCUCGACAACGUGCUGCCCAUGACGCUGCGCGGCUGGACCUCCUGCUUCUUUGCGGUACUGGGGACUCUAUUCGUUAUUAGUUUUUCGACACCGAUAUUCAUGGCUGUGAUCCUGCCCAUCGGCGUCGUGUACUACGUCAUACAGCGUUUCUACGUGGCCACUUCGCGUCAGUUGAAACGACUCGAAUCCGUGUCGAGGUCCCCCAUAUACUCGCACUUUGGGGAAAGUAUAACCGGAGCGACUACGAUUCGAGCGUAUGGAGUCACUAAAAGGUUCGUGGAGGAGUCCGAGCGCGGCGUGGACCACAACCAGUCGUGCUACUACCCGAGCUGCAUCGCCAACCGCUGGCUCGCCGUGCGACUCGAGAUGAUCGGCAACCUCAUUAUAUUCUUCGCGGCUCUCUUCGCCGUGCUGGGCAGAGACACCAUCAACCCGGGUCUCGUCGGACUCUCCGUUAGCUAUGCCUUGCAGAUAACACAAACAUUAAACUGGCUCGUGAGAAUGACCUCCGAAGUGGAAACUAACAUCGUAGCUGUAGAGAGAAUAAAAGAAUACGCAGAGACGACUCAGGAAGCGGCGUGGACGGUGACGAAGGGCCCCGGCUCCACGUGGCCCGAGACGGGCGCGCUGCAGCUGGAGCGCCUGUCGCUGGGGUACCGCUCGGGCGAGCCGGCGCUGCGGGACCUCACCUGCACCGUGGCGCCCCGAGACAAGCUGGGCAUCGUGGGCCGCACCGGCGCCGGCAAGUCCACGCUCACCCUCGGCCUCUUCAGAAUUGUGGAGGCGAUGAGCGGCAGGAUACUCAUCGACGGAAUCGAUAUAUCGACGAUUGGCCUGCAUCAGCUUCGGUCGCGCAUCACCAUCAUCCCGCAGGACCCCGUGCUUUUCUCGGGUUCUCUGCGGAUGAACCUAGAUCCGUUCGGCGUCUACACCGACGAGGAGAUUUGGCGGUCCUUGGAGCACGCGCAUCUUAAAUCGUUUGUGCAAGGUCUACAAGCGGGACUUCUGCAUGAGAUCUCGGAGGGUGGAGAGAAUCUCUCGGUGGGUCAGAGGCAGCUGGUGUGUCUGGCGCGUGCGUUGCUGCGUAAGACGCCGCUGCUGGUGCUGGACGAGGCCACGGCCGCAGUCGACUUGGAGACCGACGACCUCAUACAGAAAACAAUAAGAUCGGAAUUCGCAUCUUGCACGGUCCUGACCAUCGCACAUCGUCUCAACACUAUCAUGGACUCCACUAAAGUCAUGGUACUGGACAAAGGACAACUAGUGGAGUACGCACCACCGGAACAGCUAUUGCAAGACAAAAAUUCUAUUUUCUACGGCAUGGCUAAAGACGCCGGUCUUGUUAACUGAGUUUUAUAAUUAUGCAUUUAUAUAAACACGUGUUCAAUUUGAUGUUUGUUACUGACAUGACGAGUAACCCGAUAAGGCCGAAGUAUGUCACAAAUAUACUUAAAAAUUGUUUUCUUAAUAUGAAAAUGUAUCCUGAAUAGCUUUAUAAUUUACUUUAGAACAUAUUUUAUUAUCUAACCGGUUUUCUCGAAAUGUCACUAGCAAAUACUUUAUCUACAAUAAGCACGAUGAAGGGCGAUGUACCUUAACAAUAAGCGUCGUGUUUGACGUGAUGGAUGCAUUACCUCUGGUGUUACGAAGAAACCUCUAUAAAUAAUUUUAUUAAUAUAUAUUUCAAAACUCAAGACAUUUUAUAUACUUCACAUUUAAUCGAUCUGCUCUAAACAGUAGCAAUAAUUACUCAUGUAUAGUUACCACUCCAGGCCGCCCAUUACUUAAUUAUUUAUAUUUUAUAUACCUUCACAUUAGUACUUAUUUUUAAGUAAUUUAAUUAUUAAUAUCCCGUUAAAUCCAGGAUGACAUUAAAUAUACAACCCGUUUUUUAUACUAUUUAUAUUAUAUAAAAUUUUAAUGAAAAUAUUGUUAACAGAAUUCAUAAUUAAUCAUUUCAGUAUUUUUUGUUUUCGUAGUGUGUGCCAAUGUCAGCCAUCAUACACGAGAUUUUAUUAAAUGUUGCUAAUUAGUUUAUAAUAAUAGAAUUAUAAUAUUCAUUUGAUUAUUUCGUACCUGUUUGUUGAAAAUAUGCGUACUUAUUGGAAUCUAAGAUUUUUUUAAUUAUUAAGUGCUUUAAUUACACCGAAUAGUAUAUUAGAUUACAUUGUAGAAGAACAAUUGCUCUUAUAUAAAAAUGGUCAUGGGCUGAGACUUUAAACUAAAAUCCUCGAAUUUAUUUGUCUUUAAAAGACCUCUGAAAAGUGUGAGACUAUAAAAUUCAUAAAUAAAGUAUUAAUUAAUAUUUACUUAACAAAAUCUUAGCAUUUGUAAUUUUUUUUUAUCUCGGUUUCUCCACUAUAAUAAAACAAAUCUGUUUAACUCUUAAAGCACUGCCAGAUAAAAUUAAACUUUUGCCAGUUAGCUAUUAUUUGUUACAACUGAUCGAUAUGCUGAUAGUUUUAUUUGUACAAUUAACAGGUGCAAUCCACAUAUUGUUGUUUAUAUGCCUUGUUGAAGGUUUUAAUUUAAUUUGUAGUAAAUCGUGUUCACACUAACUUACAAGUUUAGAAAGUACAGAUAUUUUACGAAUUCAAAUAACUAAAUAUGUAUUUUAAUCGGAAUUUAUAGCACAAAACCCUCAAAAACCCGCCUGUUUCUGAAAUGAUGAGAUAAACGCUCAUUGGUCGCGUAUUACUAUAACUUCUCUGUUUGUUAUUGACCAAUGUACUUUAGACUAAAGUCAAUUAGUUAAUCUGACUUUGAUCUGCGUUUCAGAUACAGAAGGUUAUAAUAGAUUUCUAUUAUAAUUUAACUUUUGUUAAGAUAUGCCAUGCCUGUAGUUAUAUUACUAUUUCAUUAGGAUUAAAAGUCUUUGUACCUCUUACAAAAAAUAGACGUAUGAACAGAGCAUUUUGAUUCAAUCCUCGAACUUGUUAACUUAAAUAAAUACGUACUAAUAUUAUUUUCGUCGUAAGAUGUUACAAAUUAUUUGCAAAAAACUUUGUUUUAGUUACCUUAACUGUUAACUGGACAAAUAGUGUUAAUAAUAUUAUUUUAAUGAUAAAAACAAAAAUGCAAAUGGAACGUUUAAGAUAAUGUGUCUGAGACACUAAGGAUUUACUUAGUUUUGUAAUCGUUUAUAAUAGAAUAUCUAAGUUAUGUCAUUUUUCGCUUUUAUUUUUUCAUUAUAAUGCUCAUUAACAUGGUAACUUAACUGUCUUUGUUUGCAAUACAUCUACAUUGAUAAAAGUGCAACAAAUUUAGUCAAUUAAGUCAAUUUUUUUAAUAAACAUGUGAAACUUUAACAUACAUCGAUGAAAGUACUUCAUUCAUGUAUUUUUAGGGCUCAACUUGUACUUAUUAAAAUAAUAAAAA